AUGGCUAGUUUUAGGAGAGCGAGUAAGCGGAGGUCACGCAAACGUGACCUACUAGAAACCCCGAGCAGUUGGCCAAAUAACCUAGUAUCUACCUAUAAUCGGCAACCUUCCUCUUUAUAUGAAGGUCAACUCGCUUCACCUCCAGCCUCAUCGGGAUAUGCGGUACCAUCAAGCUCUCUAGAUGUCGAAACUUGUAACCACGACGUAUUCGAGGGUCCCCUGAAGGACGGAGAUGAGGAGAAGGAGGAAAUCGAGCCUAGGUUAUCUAAAUCAAUGGUUCCAUCACCAGUCUUGGAGGCAGAGCUCUCCGUAUGUUCUUCUCCCCCCCAGACUUUGCGCCAAGCAGCAUUCGAGCCGUCCGUUGAUCCCAAGCAUCUCUCGCUACACGAGAAGGUGAGACUUCUCAAGAUUUGUUGUAACCAUGGGUACCAAUUCCUCCAUUGCCCCACUUCUGGGAAAAAUGCUGAGGAGGAAGUUUGGACUUCUAUCAUGGAGGAAUUUUUAACAACGGUUCGCCCCGGCUUCUUCACAAAAUAUUCCGAUGUAAAGAAAGUAGCCAAAAAGACUUGCAGGAAUCGACGCAAGAAUACCAAGGGUAAUGUGCCGCCUCAGAGGCGGUCUCGGAUGGGCGAUUUAGACACAUGGAUCGACCGAUGGGUGAGAAUUUGGAAAUGUCGAGAUCUAGUCGUCAAUAUAGCAAACGCACACCAGUCAAUGCGCGAAACGAUAGGGGAAAAUAAGUUAAAGCGAAUCUUCUGUCAAAGGAUGGAAGGCGAUGAGCUACCACAAGACCUUGGUGGGCUCACUUUAUCGCCUCCGCUAUGGAAAGCUAUUCAGAAGCAGAUUCGUAUAGAAGAACGGUCGUUGGGAGCUCGCCACAUAUCGUUGUUCCCUGGACAGGAUGAAUCGGAUUGGACGGACGAUGAAACAGAGAGUGACAUGAUGGAGGAAGCCGGUGGUGAGGGAUUACCUAUAAGAUCAAUUGAAGAGGAAUACCAAAACUCAUACCCAGAAGCUCUGGAUGUUGUGGUAUCAACUCCUUAUUUGGAAAUUGAGGGGGAGCUGGAUUUUCCGGACCCGUCUCCACGUACCCAGGCAAGACUUGAUCAGUUUGAACGGGGCUAUACUACCAUGCUCAAGGAAGAGCAAGGCAGGACAGGCAAGCAAACAUCUAUUCUUGACUUAGCCUACAAGAGACAAGAGCGGGGGAAACGGUCUCCUGUAUCUUCUGAAUCUCCUUCAGAACCAGAAGAACCUCUUGGAGAUGGAACUGUGCGACUACUGUUGGGAGAAAAGGGGUUAACAAACCCUACAAUUCACCUCUCAACCUCGAGUCCCAAUGAAGUCGGGGAUGAAGAAUAUGACAGACCAACCAACUUACCUACCGAGAGAUCAACACCGCCUCCUAGCGAGGCCGACGUGCAACGUAGUAGUGGUACCAACCCUACUCGGUCCCAGCGCCUCAAGUCUGGUACCUAUUGUCAUGGCGAGGAAGUUCUGCUAGGGUUCCAUAAUCGACAAGUAAUCCUGGCAGGCAUGAAUGACACCGCUGCACAAGACUAUCGCCAAGGUGUAUGUGCCAAAAUUGACAUCAGCGGUCGGGUCCGUUUACGACUGCGAGUCCAGAAUAUGCAAGGAGAGCAAGUGCCGGACGAGUUCUGCCUCAGUGGAGCCAGUGUUUAUCCCAAAGAUGUCAUAUACCUUCCGAAGUUUCAUGAUAUGUCCUAUGAUGAAGUACGACAGGAAGUGGCCCGCCAGAGUCUCCUUCCUGUCAAUCAACGUACCUAUCACGACUGGGUUCCAACAGCAAUGGCCGACAAGGAGGAGAAUGUGUCGAUGCCAAUAUCAAAUAGCCAGAGAAAAAGAUUGCGCAAAGAUGUGUAUGUAAAUCAUGAUGCCGCAAGUAUGAGUGCGAAUGCUAAUUCGGGCGAGAUGGAAAGGAACGAAACGGCUGCUUUGAUUUCUCAGGAAAGCGAUUCACAGAAAUCUUCCCGCAACAGUGAGAGGGAUAUUGGAACAAUCCCCAACGUCUCAAUACCGGUAGAAACGCGGAGAUUUGCUUUGUGCGAGCUUUCUGCGGGAUAUCAUUCUGCUAAGACUGUUGGAGGCCGUCCUGAUCUAUCGAACCGCAAAUUCAAGGAGGCGGAUCCCAGUAGGACGGGCACACCUGAUCUACUGGGACAAUUUCUUGCGGACGAAGCUAGGAAGCAGCGAAAGCCAUUGGCGCCACAUAUAAUCCCACAUCACAGUUCACCUCCAAGAAGACUGAACCCUCAGGGACGAAUAUCUAACAAGAACAGGAUCACCCCCUCAAGAUUUUAUGGAGUAGAGUCUUUAGGGCAUGAUAUGGUUGAUAGCAGCCGACAGAUAUCAGGACCCCGGGAGCAGCCGAUCAUCUUACACCAAUUGAAACCAGGUUCUAAUACCAACGUCAAAACACCCAGUGUUUUUCUUACCCAGGACUAUUCUGAUAGUGACAGCCUCCCGGAUGUGGAAGAAUUGCACAGGAGGCGCGUACGGGCAGCCAAAGUAACCACCUCACUACAGCACACUGAGCAUCUUCAGGAUUCUAGAGAUCUUAGCACAUCUGUCGCAGACAAAGUAGUAAGCUCACUUGCGCCUCCUUAUCCUCAAGGGUCUGGCCACACCAAAAGUGCUGGUACCUCAUUGAAGGCAACUGAGGAUCAUCAGAAGUUAGCGACCGAUGAGCGACAGGAUCAAGGAAGUACGGCUAUUAAAGCUUCUGGGUCAUGUUCGAAGAAGCGUGCGAGAUGUCAAUCUAUGACAAACUCAUCAUCGAACUCUUCAGGCUCGUUCAAUCCCCUCACUGGUCCCAAAGCUCUGGGUGAUAUUACAUCAGCAAGCAAUGAGUAUUUUGCGAAAAGACUUCGGCCUCCGCCACCAUCCGGGCUUGUACAGACUCCGGUACCACCACCUGAUCUGACAAAUUAUGGUCUGAAACCUUUCUGGCACCCGAGUAUAGAGUCUGUUGUCCGAAGUAAUGGCGUACUUGAUAAAGAGCAGGGACACUUAGGUGACAGGUCUCUGGAUAAAGUCAAAGGGGGGGCAAUUCAAUCUUAUCCUCAAUCUCAUCCCCAAAAUAAGUACUCUGCACCUGGUCCACGGCCAUCAAAUGGGAAUGGCUACCCACCUAAAGGGAAAACGGGCGCUAAAAACACCAGACCACUCCACCGGUUCCACCCAUACGAACAGCCUGGUGGCUCUUCCGGUACCACGACAUCGCAGAGUCGACGAAAUAACGGCGGCAGAGGGAGGCGAGACCGUUACAAAGGGAAGGAUCGCCACGGCCGAAUUAACGACGGUAACUAUAUUAACCAUGGGCUUCUAAGAGAGGCGACGACGGACACGGUAGACUCGCAAAACUUCAGCGUGAGUAGGAAAGUUGAUAUCUUGUGGUCUAGAAUGAAAGAGCUACGUAGGAGGAUCGGAAAGGAUGACUAA